UCCCAACGCAGUCAGCAACAUCCAAUAACAACACCUCUUUCACGUGCCGGCAUGAACGGGUGCAUGGCGACCGCCUGCGCCACCUCCAGCCCCCUCGUCCCGGCGGCGGCCGCCAAGUCCCCUGCAUGCCCGUCCAAGAAGAGCUCCGCCGCCAGCUUCCGCGCCCGCGGGGUGUCGUGCAGGGCCACCGGGGGCGGCGACGACGGCGGCCUCCUCUGGCUCCCCCGGCGGGAGAUCCUCACUGGCCUGGGCGGCGUCGCCGCCGGCCUCGUCGGGUACCAGAGCCUCGCCUCCGUCGCCAACGGCGCGGAGCUCAAGGAACAGUGCGCCAAGGGUGAUCAGGUCAACGACACGCUCGUCGAGUGCAUGGACCGGACCAUCCCGUGCCCACCGACGCGGAAGGUGCCCGUCGUCGACUUCACGCGGGAGUCGGGGGUGAAGCGCGUCCGCCGGCCGGUGCACCUCCUCAGCCGGGAGUACCAGGAGAAGUACAAGGAGGCGGUGGGGAAGAUGAAGGCGCUGCCGGCGUCGAACCCGCUGAGCUUCGUGGCGCAGGCGGCGAUCCACGAGGCCUACUGCGACCACCACUACCGGUACGACCCGGAGAACAAGGACGCACCCUUCGACGUGCACUUCUCGUGGAUCUUCGCGCCGUGGCACCGCAUGUACAUCUACUUCUACGAGAAGGCGCUCGGGCAGCUCAUCGGCGACGACACCUUCGCGCUGCCGUUCUGGAACUGGGACACGCCGGCCGGCAUGGUCGUGCCGGCGCUCUUCAAGGACUCCUUCGCCAGCCCGCUCUACGACCGCAACCGCAACCCCGACAACCUCGACAAGGUGGUGCACCUCGACCUCAAGGACAAGUCCGUGCCCGUCUCUUUCAACGGGCCACAUGACAAGGCAUACCAGGAUGCCAUCUACAAGAACCUCUGCACCUUACACCAGCAGCAAAUCCGGGGCGGCCGUUGCGCCAGGGCAUUCCUAGGCGAGAAGCUGUGCAGCGAGAUGACGCGGGACGCCAACAGCCAGGGCUCGCUGGAGCGGAUGGCGCACACCGCCCUGCACGUCUGGGUCGGCCGGAAGAGAACCGACAGCUGCACCGGCGGCGUCGUCGGCCAGGACAACACCACCUACUGCACCAACGACAUGGGCUUCCUCGGCUCGUCGGGGCGCGACCCGCUCUUCUACUCGCACCACGCCAACGUGGACCGCCUCUGGCACAUCUGGGCCACCAAGCUCGGCGGCGAGGGCUUCAAGGACCCCGAGUGGCUCGACGCCAGCUUCGUCUUCUACGACGACGUCGAGAACCCCCGCCCCGUCCGCAUCAAGUUCCGCGACGUCAUCGACACGCAGAACCUCGGCUACACCUACGAUGCCGAGUCCGACAAGGACCUGCCGUGGAAGGACUGCCAGCUCACCUCGCUGGUCCCCCACGCCAAGGGUGGCGCUGUCCGGUCGAGGUCGGCGUCGACCAAGACGGCCGGGGCGCCGCUGUUCCCGGUGACGCUGAAGAAGGACCAGGUCGUGGAGGUGCCGGCGGUGGCCGUGCCGGCCAAGAAGGCGGGGCAGCAGCGGGUGCUCGUAUUCCAGGGCAUCGAGUACGACCCCAGGGGCGAGAACAAGUUCGACGUGGCCAUCAACGUGCCCAAGGGUUCGGCCCUGGAGGUGGGCCCGCAGAACUUCGAGUUCGCCGGCAGCUUUGCCGUCGUGCCGAGCUCCAACGCGGCCGGCGGGAAGCUCAAGGGGGGCAUCACGCUCUCCAUCGACGACGUGCUGAAGGACAUCAAGGCCGCCGACGACAGCACUGUCGACGUCAUCAUCGUGCCGCGCACGGAAGGGGAGAUCAAGAUCAACUCUGCCCCGACGAUCCAGAGCUAGAUCGAUUGAUCUACCCUCGAUCUCACCGUACUGGGCCAUCCAUCGUCCCGUGCAGUGGCCAUAUUGGUGUCCGGCCGCAAGAAUAAAGUGAACAUGUCGUGUCGUGUGCUUGUAGCAUUUCAUUGCCAGAGUCCGAAGAUUGUUCUUCUUUUUUUUUUAGAGGGAGAUUUCGAAGAUUUGGUCAUACGUGCGGACGAGUCUGUGUAGCUAAUUACUUCGUUGUGUUAUCGUACUACUAAAAAGAA